AAUUUAAGUGAAUUGACUAAAUUAAUGCAGGAUUGAUCAUGUAUACUGCAUCCAGAAGUGGAACCAUCGCGAUUCCAGUUAAACUCAGAGAAUCACUAUCAUGCCUCAAUGUUGUAUGGUCCAAUAUGUUUGAAACAGAAGACAUUAACCCUGAAGAAGGAAGGAAGCAUGAGUCUGAUUUUCUUAAAGGAGCUUCACCAAAGUGGCUUAAUUUAGCAGAGGAAGAAAACUAUCCUUUAGUCAAGAGGGACGGCUUUAAUGAUUUAACACAGUUAAUUAAGAGAAAAAACAGAAAAAGCUGUCUGAUCACCGAUGUUUCUUUACAAUACCAGCCCGGGAGUGGAGGCUCAACUCUCUCCAUGCAGGUGCUUUGGCAUUUUCGGAAAGAUCUCAGAUGUGCCAAAGUGAUCGAUUCAGAUCUAGACACCAAACAGCUGUCCAAACAAGUGCUGGACCUCUUUCUGCUGUCUAAUGAACAACAUGCAAAACAAGAUCGGAAAACUGUGCUGCUGUUACUGGACACCAAGACAAAGCUGGACAAUGAUCUUAGAGAAAACCUGAUUGAGGAAAUCCAUAAGAGGGACAUCAACACAGACUCUCCAGUCGUGAUCAUUUUGAACUGCAAGACUGCAGACUUUACUCUCACAGACACACUGAUUCUCAACAAAAAGCUGUCUGAAGAGCAAAUUAGACAAUUUAAGGAAAAACUAAUACAACAGAUCCGACUACAGAGAAAAGGCCAAAGGAGAGUCGCAACCAUAAAUCUGUUGUACCAUGAAGCCAGCGGUGGAUCAACACUAGCCAGUGAAGUACUGAGAUACUUGAGUGAAGAGUUCACAUGUCAUACCCUGACAAAAUCAUUCAAAACAGAGACUGCAGAAAAUAAAGACGAGUUGGUAAGAGAUAUUGAAAAUACAGCAAAAGAACUGUUCAGAAUAUAUGAAACACAUAACAAGACUAUGCUUCUCCUGUUGGAAAACAAAGGAGAAAAGCUACUACGCUACUUAUUAAAGAGUCUGUUAAAGUUAAAGCGUGCCGAUCAAACCAACCAUCCUGCAUUCAUCAUUAUCAAUGCUUAUCAGAAAAAUGUUGUUCGAGCGCCAAGUGAUGUGAAGCUGAAAAUGGAGCUCUUACCAGAUGAGAAGGACAGGUUUGCUCAGAAAAAGCUUCAGCUGGAAAGUAAACAUAAGGAAAUGUCACAGAAGUUUCAUGCCUUUAACAUCAUGCAGGGAGGUUUCCAGAAAGAAGAUGCAGAGAAACUGAUCACAGAAGAAAUGAUGAAUAAUAUUAAAACAGACACAAAGUCCAGCAGCACAAGACUUCUCAGUUUUCUGGCUUUGAUAAACUCAUAUGUCCCAGGUUCACACUUGAUGAAGCAUUUCUGUGAGGAUUUCAUUAAAGAAGAAGAAUGGUCCACUGAUGGAGAAAACCUUUUGCUGGAAACAAUAAUGAAACCUUUCGAGGGUCUCAUAGUAACGUACUCAGAAGGAGAACAAAAAAAACAAUGCAUAUAUCUGGCACAUCCAAUGAUUGCUGAUGCAUGUCUAAAAAUAUUCACUGAGCACAAACUGACAAGAUUCAACAUCGCUCUUGACUUCUUGAACAGCUUGGUGAAAGAAAACGAGAGUAAUUAUGAGAAAAUUUGCAAGAGCAUGUUCAUCACAAGGCCUGAGGGUCUGAUGGAAAAGGAAAAGUUUUCCAGAUUGAUUCUUGACAUCAUGCAUGAACGUGAAAAUAAUACUGAGCAAUGCAUUUGUUUGUUGGAGUUGCUUUCAGAUUUGUUCUGCACAGACCCUUUUUAUCCUCAAGUUCUUGCACGUUUUUAUUACAUUAAGGUACAAGAGGAAAACAAAUAUGUUGAGGCAGAACACUGGGCAAAAAUGGCAAUUGAAAGAGACCCUCAAAAUUCACAUUUAAAGGAUACUUUGGGACAAAUUCACAAAAACAACCUGCGGAAAAUCUGGAUUGAAGCUGGAGAAACAUGCACAGAUGUAGAGAACGUUUUGGCCAUAGCACAGUCUGCCAUUGAUGCAUUUAAAGAUGUAGAGAAAGUUGCUGAAAAGGAGUCUGAAGAUGACACUGGAUUCAAUAACAGGGGUCUCUUUGGAUUUCUUCAGGUUUGCAAGAUCAUACAUUCAAGCCCUUUUCAACACUUUGAACAACAACACAGUGAUUUCAUCAGUCGUCUCAGAGGUGAUGUUGAGUCUAGAUAUGAUUUCUUUGAAUGGUAUCUGGCUUUCUCAAGACUAAGCCUCAAUAAAGAGGAACCGGACUACUUUCAUGAAGAUGUUGACGAGUGCUACAGGAAAUAUUUUAAACAGAGAGAGCAGACUGAUGAAAUGACCCUGAAUGAGAAAAAGAUGAAGUCUUUUGGAGGACUGCUUCAUUUCCUAAAAUCAGACAGCAAUGUGCUUAAACGAUAUAAAAGUAAAUUUGAUAAUCCACAGUCUGAUAACGAAACCCAAACCGUUCUCUACAUCCUUGCCAACAUCAUCUUGAGUCAAUCAGGUGAUCCGUGUGAAAAAGCAGAAGAUCUUCCGGCCAGGUUACAGAAACUUUGGCUGAGAGAAAUGCAAGACAGAAGCCCAGAGUUUUACCUCUUGAUUCUUUUGCUCUUUUGGGCUGAUGAAGCACAGCCAGGAAUCACAAACCCUCCAAACCUUGAAAAGUGUCUCAGAAAAAUGAAUCAUUUAUACAAGAGUAAGUAUCAGAAAUACCUCCGCGGUCGCUACCUGGUGCCUCUGUUCUUCUUUGGGAAAGGAAAAGGUUUGGAGAGACUGGUUCACAUCUCAAAACUGCAUCAAACUGCUCUGGAGCUCCUCACUGAAGGGGAUGCUAGUGUAGAGAUCAAAGAUCUUCCACGUGUCAAUGGGCAGGUCAGAAAUCAUAGGGUGUUUGCUUUUAGAAGAGAAAAACAGAUUCCAGUCUCUCCUCACAAUCCGUCCAGUGUGUGCAAACCAGGCCAGGUGUCUUUCUACCUGGGCUUCACCAUCAGAGGACCAGUCGCCUACAACAUCAGAUAUUAAG